AUGAGCUUCAGGUACGGCUUGCAGACCUACCUCUCCAACCCUAACCAGCCUCUUGUUCUAUUUUAUGAUGAUCGCUUCGUUAUUAUGAAAGACCGAUACCCAAAAGCAUUGAGACACUACCUCGUUCUUCCGCGGAGCAAGCCGCUCACUUUCAAGCAUCCAGUAGAUGGACUAGCGGACCCCACAGUAUAUAAUCAAGCUGAGGAAUACGUGGAGAAGGCAAAAGACAUGAUAAUAGAGGAUCUUGUGAAGGAAGGGUUUAUAGAAGAAGAUCCAUGCGUCAAAGAGACAUUUAAAAACACCUUCAUCAGAGCAGGCAUCCACAAGGUGCCGUCGAUGGCCAACUUGCACAUUCAUGUCAUAACUCAAGACUUUCACCUGGACCGCAUGAAGAACAAGAGACACUACAACUCAUUUACUACGCCUUUCUUCGUUGAAUUCAGCGAUUUGAAGCCUUCUUCCGAGAAUUAUCUCGGUUCUGGGACCGAUUCCGAGUCUGACAGCGAUGGUCUGAUGGAGGGACUGAUUCAGGGUCUCUUGAUGAGAAGACCGAAGAAAGCUCAGAAGCUAAGGCCUUCCCGGAAGCUAGAUUACGAGGAUUCAGAGCUGUUGCUCAAGUCGUCCCCACUAGUUUGCGUCUACUGCGGGAAGAAUCUCGGCAACCACUUUAAAGCGUUGAAACAACACUUGGACAGGGAAUUCUGCAAGAAGUUCAGCAUCCCAGGUUGA